CAUACUGCAGAGAGAACUACACAGACCUGGCCAAAGUGUUUGACCUGACAGACAUGAGAAGACUUCAAGACUCUGCACAGAAUCAAACAUAAGCCUGGAUUGGACUGUACAGCGAGCCAGGAGACAACAGGAGGUGGCACUGGUCUCUGCCGGGGGAGGAAUACACUGAAAAUAAGAGCGGUUGGACAGCUGGAGAGCCAAAUGACAAAGAAAAACCUGAGAACUGUGUGAUGACAGGAGACAAGUGGGCAGAUGUUCCAUGUACUUACACAUUUCAGUUCAUCUGCUAUGACGAAACAAUGAAAAACAACAAAACCUUUCAUUUGAUUAUGAUGGAGAAGUCUUGGACUCAGGCUCAGAACUUCUGCAGACAGCAUCACACCGACCUGGCCAGUGGACUCGAUCAGAUAUACAGUGAAGAGUUUAAGAAGCUGCAGAACUCUACAGCCUCGUGGAUCGGCCUGUUCAGAGACAGCUGGAGGUGGUCAGAUGGGAGUAACUUCUCUUUCAGAUACUGGGACAUGGACUCAUUUAAUGAUGGACUAAACAAGAGGACAUGUGCUACGACUCUGUUAGAGAGAUCAGGAAGAUGGAGCUCUGCUGGAUGUGACCACAGAAAGCCUUUCUUCUGCUAUGAUGAUAACGUGAUCCUGAUCCGUGAAGAGAAAACCUGGGAGGAAGCCCUUUAUUACUGCAGAGAGAAACACCAGGAUCUGGUUUCCAUCACCAACCGCCAGGAGCAGGCGUGGCUCCAGGAACAAGCAAAAAACGCCUCCACUCCUUUUGUCUGGCUGGGGCUGCGCUACACCUGCUCUCUGGGCCACUGAUGAGGUCAUUGGAUAUAAGAACUGGGACUCUAACAGCAAAGUUGACGUCUGUGACAUGUCUGGAGCCAUAAAUAGAGCAGGAGAGCAGAAGUGGGUCAGUAAGCCUGAUGAUAAUAAGUUUAAUUUCUUCUGUUCUAAACAUUAAAAGCACUGUAAACAGCACCAACAACUUCUUAUCUUCUCAGCAGGUUCAUGGUUGUGCAUUGUGAAAGGGCUCUUUAGAGGGAUUGUGGGAAAUUUAUUUUUUCAUAGUGCGGUUUUAUUUAACAUAAUUUUUAUUUUCCUACAUCAACAGAAAGUGAAUUUCUCUGUAGAAAAAGCAUGUAUACACAGAAAAUAUAUAAGGUGUAAGUUUUAUUAUAUUGAUGUUGUGGUUAAAAUGUGGUGAUGGAUAUAUAAAGUAAUAAUACAGAGAAGUCAUGAAGUGUUGUUAAUGGAAUUCACUGUUGUUGAAUAAACUGU